AUGGCAGCCAUGGACGAAUUAGGCACGCAAUUGCAGUCACUACAGGCCCUCAAGCCGCCCGGUGUCACACCAACCAAGAUCAAGGCUAUCACGCAGCUAUGCGUAGACAACAUCCAGUCUCAUUCCGUAAUCGUUCAAAAGAUCGCCCAACAGCUUCAGAACAGCGUCGCCACACACAAGCUAGGAGUACUAUACGUCGUAGAUGCAGUCGCCCGCCAAUGGGUUGAGAGAGCUAAGCAGGCCGGUCAGGCUGUGUCUAAGCAUGCCGCCCAAGGAACAUAUGCUUCAGGAGUGCAAAUGAUGCGAGACGUGCUUCCAGCUAUGAUGCACAACUUGAUUCAGUCAGCUCCAGAGACACAGAAAGAGAAGAUCUCGAAACUUUUAGACAUAUGGGAGCGUGGCCAAACCUUCCCGCUCGACAUGCUCGCAGGCUUCAAGCAACAGCUGAAUGGAGGCCAAAAUAGGAAUGUAGAUGUGCCAGCGCCGUCAGAGCCGCCUAAGAGCAACGGCUCAGCCCCAAUCUUCAACGGCCACACUAACCAACAGCCACCACCACCACCACCACCUGUAGCUAUGCCCCAACCUCCGCAGGACCCCGGUGCUCUUUUCGCCGCGCUCGCUGGCGUUGGUCAGCAUAAUGGGCAAACUAACCCCCCAUCUGCAGCAGCCUCUCUAUUUCCUUUUCAGCAGAAUAUGGUACCGCCCCCACCUCCUGGAUUUAUGCCUCCGCCACCUACUGCAGUAAUUGGGCAGCCUAACAUGCCUGUUCCACCUGCUGGAACGAAUGAGAUCGUGACUCAGAUUUUAAAGGCCAUGACUGCUGGCUCUAUCCCACCGGAUCAGGCAAUACAGGCAUUGAAUACAUUGGCUAUGGCCCAAAAUGGCGGAAUGCCUAUGCCGCCUCCGGCUGUUGCGCAGACAUCACAGGUUCAGCCUGCUGUACAGAACGGUAACCAGGGAGACAGAUAUGAUCUGAACGAUACUAGAAUGCGAGAUCGUAGCAGAUCGCCUGACUAUCAACGUCGACGAUCGCCUGUGAGAUCUCCACCGAACCCGAAUCGGCGGGAGAGUCCAACAUAUGGUGUGUACGAUCCCAAUGCAGGUCCUGAAGGCAAUGCACAACGCUUUGAGCGAGGUGAGCGCGGUCGUGGUCGUGGUAAACAGCGGGGAGGUCGUAAUGAUCGUAAUGAAUAUCGCCAGCGUUCUCCGCCGCGACGGCAACCGAGUCCACCUAGAGCAGCGUAUGGCCAGUCAAAGUAUAUUGAGUGGGACGAGACUCUUCCGCGCGAUCACAUCAGGGUUCUCAGUCGUACAUUAUUCGUAGGUGGUGCUGGUGGGACGGAAGGUGAGAUCCGAAGCAUAUUCGCUCGUUUCGGUAGAGUCCAAACAUGUAUUGUCAAUCAGGAUAAGCGACAUGCCUUCGUCAAGAUGUUGACCCGCCCGGAUGCUGUUGCUGCCAAACAGGGUAUGGACACUCUUCAGGAUCCCGCUGCGCAGUCCAAAGCGCGCCAGACGAGAUGGGGUGUCGGCUUUGGUCCUCGUGAUUGUAGUGAUUACACCACGGGGAUUAGUGUAGUUCCCAUUUCUCGUCUUACGGAUGCUGAUCGCAAGUGGGCUCUGACCGCUGAGCAUGGUGGAACAGGUGGCCGGCCACUAGAAGGAGGCAUGGUAAUCGAAGAGCCUGACAUCGAGAUUGGUGCAGGUGUUUCAUCAAAAGCCAUCAGCCGACGUGUACCGACUGAUGCCCCUCGUGGUGGUCGCGGGGGGUUCGGUAAUCGAGGUGACUUCAAUGCCCGUGGAGACCAUAACGGACGUGGUAAUUUCAACGGACGAAAUGACUUCAGUGAACGUGCAGAUUUCGGACGCAACGAUCUCGCUGGCGGGCGUGGUGGUUUCGACAACAAUGGUCCAGCCAAGUUUCGCAAGCAAGAUCAUCGUGCCGUCAACGACCCACGACACAUUUCGCCCCGGCCUGAGCAAGGCGUUGCUGUCCCACCUGCAGUACCUGGCUUCGGGUUCCAGUUGCCAGGGUUUUCAUGA